GAGAUCAUAGAAAUAUUGAUCGAGAAACGAGCUAAUGUUAAUGCUCAGGGCGGAAUUUUCGGGAACGCCUUGCAGGCAGCUGCGGUCAGGGGAGACACUGAUAUCGUGGAGCUGUUGCUCAAGAACGGAGCCGAUAUCAAUGCCCACGGUGGCAUCUUCGGGAACGCCUUACAAGCAGCCGUAGCCAAGGGAAAUGAGAAAAUCGUGGCCUUACUUCUGGAGAAAGGAGCCAACAUCGAUGCUCAAGGUGGCAUCUUCGGCAACGCAUUGCAAGCAGCUUUAGCGGCGAGACAUGAGAAUCUAGCCCUAACGCUUUUCAAAAAUGGAGUUGAUUUCAAU